AUGCUAGUGAACGCUGCCUCGAUUCACAACCGCUAUGCGCAGCUCAUAGUUGCUGCUGUGUGCGCCUUCGGCAUCUUGUACUUCCUGGUACCACGAUCAUUCGAAACUGGUGCAGCACUCCACGUGCCGAACGUCGCAUCCACCCUCGCACACUCAACUCCAACCAUCACAGUCGCACCAGUCACCGUUGCGCCGAACGAGAACCAUCCCAUCAACCGGCUUGUCCUCGAAGCGAAUGCGAAAUUCAGAAGUCUUCUUUCCAAAGAGACGAAGAAUCUACACGAUGCGGCGAGGGCAUAUCGGAACAGGCGAGGACGACAGCCUCCACCACAUUUCGACUUGUGGUUCGCCUACGCCUCGAAUCACUCCGCGCUGAUUAUCGAGGACUUCUUCGACCGCAUAUAUGAUGACCUCAACCCCUUUUGGGGCGUGCCAGCCAAGCAGAUACGGGAACAAGCAUUCGACUUUGUCCAUCGCAUAUCUGUGCGAAAUGGCAAUGCUACAGGCACAACAGACAUUCCUAUGGGCGACAGGCCGUGGAUUGGUCUGUGGCAGGACAUGGUGCAGAGCGUCGCGCCGUACCUGCCUGACGUGGAUCUGCCAAUAAACGUGAUGGAUGAAAGCCGCAUCGUGGUGCCCUGGGAGGAGAUCAAUGGAUAUAUGGCGAAGUACGAUGCAAGCAAGAAGAUUGUGCCGGCACAGGAUCUGAAGACGAAGUUUGGAAGCCUGAAAGACCUGGAUAAGCAGCCUCCAGAGCAUUUCGACCCUAUGUUUGGCUUCGAGCCAUACUGGGAGGCCGCUGUCGUUGGCUGCCCGCCAGAAAGUCCGGCACGGAAGGUGUACAUCGAGACGGAUUUCGCGAAGCCUCCACCAUUGACGACCGGAUAUCCCGAUCAGACAUAUGAGGGCUAUGUUUCCAACUGGACAUUCACGUGCUCCCCGUGCGAUCAUCCAUCACUACAGGGCCUACAUGGCACCUUCGUGGAGCCUAUUUCCAUGUCUAAUUCGAAGAGAUUCUUUCCACUUUUCGGUGGCUCGAAACUGCCUAUGAACAACGAGAUCUUACUGCCUCCUGCUAUGUACUGGACAGACGAUCCGUUCUAUUCGGGAGGCGAUUCACAUGGAGAUUCGUGGGAAGAGAAAAAGGACAUGCUUGUAUGGCGUGGUUCGGCAAGUGGUGGCAGAAACAAAGAGGAGAAUUGGACAAGGUUUCAGCGGCACCGCUUCGUCUCGAUGGUCAACGCUACCAGCGUUGCACAAGCAGAACUCCAUCCUGAUGUCCGACCUCGCAACUUCGUCCUCCCUGCGAACGGGUCCUACGAGCUAGCAGUGCAGAAGCCUGAGGCCGUGGACGGAGCAUUCGGCGACUGGGUUUCCACUUGGUCUGAUGCAGCGGUUGUCCAUCUACUAUGCUUCCCAGAUUCGGGCGGCUCGCAUUGCCCGUAUACUGACUCUUACUUCUCCGUGGCCAAAGCAAUGCCGAUGGCAGAGCAAUACGCCUUCAAAUACUUGCCAGACAUUGACGGCAAUUCUUUCAGUGGUCGCUACCGUGGCUUCCUCGGCAGCACCUCUUUACCACUCAAGGCCACUAUUUACAAAGAGUGGCACGACGACAGACUCAUUCCGUGGAGGCACUUUGUACCUAUGGACAACACUUUCAUCGACAUUUACGGCAUCAUGGAGUACUUUGUUGGUAAUAAGCAGAUGGGCCUGGAGGGACACGACGAGGUCGCCAGGAACAUCGCGUUGGAUGGCAAGGUUUGGGCGGAGAAGGUGUUAAGGAAAGAGGACAUGUCGAUAUACGUCUUUCGGUUGCUACUUGAAUACGCCAGGUUGUGCGAUGAUGAUCGGGAACGGAUGGGAUGGGCAGAAAUCAUUGGACCUGCGCUUCUGCAUUUCAUCGGCAAACCCUUUGCACUUCACACACGCAACAACUCCAUCGCGCUUGGUCAAUGCACUGAGUGUAUGUCACUCUUUCCUCGUUUCUGCCGCCCUUCGUUUCUGCGACCUAUCACCACUAAAAAGCCUGCAAAGUUCGGAGUCAUAGCACAGCCAUCACAACAUAAAAUCUUCGACUACGCUGCUGCGUUCUGGAGACCAACGCCCAACAUGGCGCUCUCGACUGCUAGCUCGGGCAGCAGCGAUCUUUCUCACAUCACAUCUCAACUCCAGACUGUAGGCAUUUCUGAACUACCACAACCGCAAGGAAUUCAAUUGUAUCCUCAGCACAACCCGGUCGAUGUCUAUCGCGCCAUCAUAAUCGACCAGGUCCAGAAGAUUACUGGGGCAGAAGUGCCCAUCAUCCAGAAUGCAGUACAAUGGACACAGGAUCUGAAGCAUGGAGACCUGGUCCUUCCUGUCCCAGCAUUGCGUUUGAAGGGCAAGAAGCCAGAUGAGCUAGCCCAGGAGAUGGCCGAGAAGUUCGACUCGCCGCUCAUCGAGAAGCCUACAGCGGACAAAACGUUCGUGCGCUUUUUCUUCAAGCCGACACAUCUUGCAAAUCUGGUUAUCCCGGCGAUUCACAAGCAAAAGGAGAACUUUGGCUUCAAUUCGAGUCUGGGCCUCAAGGAUCCAUCGGAUCCAAACAGUGGAAAGAAGAAAGUUGUGGUUGAGUAUUCGAGCCCCAACAUUGCCAAGGAAUUCCAUACUGGUCAUCUGCGAAGCACAAUCAUUGGCGGCUUUCUGAUCAAGCUGUACAAGCGUGCUGGCUGGGAGACCGUGUCGAUGAACUAUCUUGGAGACUGGGGCAAGCAGUAUGGUGUACUUUCCGAAGGCUUCGAGAAGUACGGUAACAAGGAAGAACUCGUCAAGGAUCCUGUCAAGCAUCUGAACUAUGUUUACGUCAAGAUCAAUCAGGACAACUCGGCUGAGCAGAAGCCUGCAAAGGAAAUUGCUGAAAAGAAAGACGACCUCGAGAAGCUGAAGAAUCCACCAAAGCCCAAGAAGCCAACCCAGGGCAAGGAGAAUGAUGCCGCACCUGAAAGUAAGUGGACAGAUGAGCAAGAGCAAGAGCUGCAAAAGUUGACCUCAGAGCUCGAGAAAGUCCAGCAACAACUGGUAGAUAUGCCGAGCAUUGACGAGAAGGCUCGCCGAUUCUUCAAGCGUAUGGUCGAUGGUGACGAAAAGGCACUAGAGAACUGGAAGCUCUUCCGCGACUACUCCAUUGAGGCGUACAAGCAGAUGUAUGCACGUCUCAACAUCGAAUUCGACGAGUACAGUGGAGAGUCUACAGUCACUGAAGCCGACAUGGAAGAGGCAGCCCAGGCUCUCGCGAAGAAGGGCGUCAGUGAAGAGAGCAAAGGUGCCAUCAUCGUUGACCUCUCCAAGCACGGGGCGCCAACCCUCGGCAAGACACUGGUGAAGAAGAGGGACGGCACCUCACUCUAUCUCACUCGUGACAUUGCUGCCAACUACGAGCGAUACCAGAAGCACAAGUUUGACUUGAUGGUGUAUGUCAUUGCGAACCAGCAGGAUGUACACGUCAAGCAAUUCUUCAAGAUCCUGUCGCUCAUGGGCCCACCUUACAGCGACGUCGUCGCCAAGUGCAACCACAUCAGCUUCGGAAUGGUGAAGGAUCCCAAGGGUCAGACCAUGAGCACUCGAAAGGGAACUGUCGUGUCACUCGCUGACAGCUUGGAUGGCGCGAAGGAUUUCAUGCACAAUGUCAUGAAGAAGAACCAGGACAAAUACGAGCAGGUGGAUGAUCCAGAGGCCACUGCGGACACACUAGCUAUCUCUGCCAUCAUGGUGCAAGACUACAGCGGCAAGAUGAUCAACGGAUACAACUUCGACAUGGACAAGAUGUGCAGCUUCGAAGGUGACACUGGACCGUAUCUUCAGUACUCGCAUGCUCGCCUGUGCUCCAUCAAGCGGAAAGCCAACAUCACAGAAGAAGAUCUGCACAAGGCCGACUUCAGCCUCAUCACGGCGAAAGAAGGCGUACAGCUUAUUCGCGCGUUGGCGCAAUGGCCGGAUGUCUUCCUGAAUACCUACAAGACCAACGAGCCAGUGACGGUGCUCACUUACCUCUUCAAGAUGACGCACCAGCUCAGCUCGUGCUACGAUGCAAUCGAUCGUACGAACAAAAACGCAAAGACACUGAGUGUGGUGUAUGCAGAGAGCCAGGAGAAGAAGAUUGCACUGAUGGCCAUGUACGAAGCCGCUCGUAUUGUGCUCAACAAUGGCAUGCAGCUCUUGGGCUUGUCCCCUGUGGAGAGAAUGUGA